CCUGUGACCACUGCUUACGCGCCCUAGAAACUGCUGAGGAAAAUGCUCAGAGGCUGCUGGGAAGAUUCCAGCUCCUUCCUCACCCAGAGAAAUGCAGCAUUCGAAAAGAGCUCCAUCAGUGCUGUCCCGGCUGCCAGGUGGAUUACUGCAGUUCUGAGUGCCGCCAGGCCGCGUGGAAUCAGUACCAUCAGGUUCUCUGCCUGGGACCCUCCAAGCAAGACCCCGGUCAUCCUCUCAACAAACUGCAGGAAGCUUGGAGGAACAUCCACUACCCCCCGGAGACUGCGAGCAUUAUGUUGAUGGCCAGGAUGGUGGCAACCGUCAAGCAGGCGAAAGACAAAGAGUGGUGGAUCAAACUUUUUUCUCAGUUCUGCAAUAAAACCGCCAACGAGGAAGAAGAGAUCAUUCACAAGUUGCUGGGAGACAAAUUUAAGGUGAGGACA